ACAUUGCAUUAAUUCGUAUAAUGGAAAUGUUAAAUAAGAUAUGACUCUGCAUUAAUCUUAUACAUGUUAAGUUGAAAAGGAACGAAUAUACUCACUUUUUGACUAUUAGAAUGAAUCAAUUCGUGCAGUAACUGUGGAACGAAGUGUUUGUUUUCACAUAUUAUUAUUUUUUUAAAGGAUCAAGAGAAAAGAGCAAAAGUUUGGAAUAAAUUAUACGUCAUAAAUUAUACGAUGUUACGUCAAAUAGAACAUUUAAGAAUUCCCAUAAAAUAUACACUUAUGUUUAAAUUAAUUUUAAAUCGUUCUUCUUCACUAAAUUUGUUUAAUAAUUCAUUUUUAUGUACUAAUGUUAAUUUCAAUGCAUAUAUUGAAGAACAAUUAAAGGAAAUUUUUAAAUUAAAAAAUACUAAUAUUAGUACAUGGAUCGUGGAGAAUAAGGUACGGAAUCUAUGUCAUACAUAUAUAGGAAGUGAAAAAAAACAAAAACAGCAUAUUUUACAAGUACUAGCUGUAAAUUAUGCAAUUAAACAUGAUAGUGUAUUUGAAAAUGCAAGAAAACUUCUUUCUACACAAUCGAAUAAUGAAAGACAAAUAAUUGUUCAUGAAAGAACUCUAAAAAGUAUUCUCAUACCACCGUAUCAAUGGCUAUUUAUUAUCAUGGGACGUCUUAAACAUGGCGUGAAAUUUUUAGUUGAUCUAAGAACAGAUAUUUUAGAGUUGAUGUCAGAAACAAGUGACAGUGACAAGAAUUUUGUGAUGCAGCAACUAAAUCUUACACUCAAAGAUUUAUUAUUAUUAUGGUUUUCAGUAGGAUUUUUGCAUUUAGAACGAAUAACAUGGGAGACCUCUUGUGAUAUAUUACAAAAGGUUUCAGAUUAUGAAGCAAUACAUCCAAUAAGAAAUUGGGUAGACUUAAAACGAAGAGUUGGACCAUAUAGAAGAUGCUAUAUAUUUAUGCAUCCGUCUAUGCCAAGAGAACCUCUUGUUGUAUUACACACAGCAUUGUGUGAUACUAUACCAAAUAGCGUAAAAGGGAUUGAAGAAGCAGAACAGAGAAUUCUGGGAAGGGUAGGACGACAAGUAACAUAUUUAGAAGAAGAUAAGUCAAAAAUAACGGCAGCAAUAUUUUAUUCAAUAGCAUCCACUCAAAAAGGCUUGCAAGGUAUUGAAUUAGGUAAUUAUCUAAUUAAAGAGGUAGCUAAUCAAGUGGUUACAGAAUUUCCAAUGAUACAUGAAUUAUCUACUUUAUCUCCUAUUCCUAAUUUUAGAAUAUGGUUAUUGGAAAAGAUGAAACAAGAUAUAUCUUUCAUAUUUACGUUAAAAGAGCAAGAAUCUAUACAAAAAAUUCUUCGAUCAGAAGAUAUAUUUACAACGUUAAAAAAACUUUUUAAUAAUUCUUUGUGGAUAACUGACGAGCAAUUAUCAGAAUUACUUAAAAAGCCAUUACUUCGAGCAUGUGCAUGGUACUUGUACAAAGAAAAACAUCGUAGUUAUGCCUUAAAUAACGUUGCAAAUUUUCACUUGCGUAAUGGUGCGAUCAUGUGGAGAAUGAAUUGGAUGGCUGAUCCUUCACCACGAGGUAUUGCAAAUAGUUGUGGCAUAAUGGUAAAUUACAGGUAUUAUUUGAAUGAAUGUGAAAAUAAUAGUCGAAAUUACAUUGAAAACUAUUUCAUAAAUGCUUCCGAAAAUGUAAUCAACCUUGUGACACAAACAAAAACAAAUGAGAAUGUCACUUGAUGAAGAUAUCUAGAAAAAAUCGUAACAUAUUAAACAAUUCAUUUGAACAAUGGUGUAUGGUAUUGUCAAUAGGAUCGAAAUUCUUAACAAAGAAGAUUUUAUUACUCUUCAAAUUUUAUAUUUUUAUUAAAGAUUAUUAAAUUUG